AUGUUUUCGAAACUUUCUUUCCUUUCGUUUCAUUUGAUAUCAAAUCUCUGUCACUUAGUUUCUCAUUCUUUUCUUUUUCUUUUUUUUUUUUCGUUUUCUUUAUUUCACACUUUUUCUUGUUAUUUUCUUUCAUUUUUUUGCGGCGGGGGUUGUGGGGGGUCUUUUUUAUUUUCCUUUCGCUUCACUUUUUCUUUCAUUUUUCCGCCAUCUUUUAUCCAAAUAUUUACGCUUUUCUUUCUGUAUUAUUUAUCAAACGAUUUUGUAUUUGACUUCUUCUUUUGUUUUGUCUCUCCCAUCCUCCCGUUCAUUUUCUUACCAUUUUUUCCUCUUUUUUUAUCAUCCAACAUUAAUUACGUUCAUCUCCAUUUGGCCAGUUUCUCCUUAGAUUUUUACCUUCCUUUACGCCAUUCUCAUUUUCUCUCAUUGUCUCUAUCAAUCACUCCAUCCCUAUUUCUCUCCAUAUCCCCCUCUCUCUCACACUAUCUCCCUAUUCCUCUUCCUCAUCUCCUCUCCCCUUCUAUUUACAUCACUCUAUCCCUAACCUUUCCUUUCUCUCUCGAUUUCUCUAUUAUCCUAUUUCCUCACUCCGACUUGUUAUCUCUUCUUAUUUCUACCUCUUUCUCUUUCUUUCUCUUCCUCUCUCUCUCUCUCUUCCUAUAUCUCUCUCCCACUCCCUAUCCAUCCAACUAUCUACCAUUAUUUAACGCUCUCUCCAGCUCUUUCUGUAGUAUUAUCACGCCCUCUGUUUCUUUUUCUUGUUAUCUCCAUCACUUUGCCCAUUUUCGGCUUCUUCUUCGAUUUGCCCUUCUUUAUAAUUUCUUGGGUCACGCAAACAAGCCUUAA